AUGGCUGGUGCUCCACAUAGGAGUGGUCCGCUGAAACAGCAAAAUAAAAAGCAUAAAGGGACUAAAAAGCAAACUGAUAAGUCUCUGAAACCUCAACGCGUGAAGAAAAGUAUUAAGGUGUUAAACAAAAGUCAACGUCGUUUGCUUUCCAAGCAGCUCCGCAUACAGAAAAAAAUAGAGGUUAAAAAAUUUGAGGCAUCACGGGGAACCCGAGAAAAUCCCAUAGUUUGCGUUUUGAUCCCUUUAUCUCCCUUGGUACCUACACAUUUAGCCCAAAUUUUGUUUCAAACAUGUGCGUCAAACAAUGAGGUUUUGAAAGGACCCGAAUCGUGUUUACAAAAUGUAGUCACUUUUCACUCUCACGUUCUCAACAAAUAUUUCACAUUCAUAUCUGCACGCAGUGAUGAUCUUUUUGGAUGUCUAGAUCUCGCUCAGUUUGCAGACUGGCUUAUUCUCUUAGUUCCAAGUAAUCCUUCGGAAAUUCCGGACUCUGUUCAUGAGUUACUGACUGCCAUAUAUACACAAGGUUUUACAAAUGCGUCGUACGCUGUGCUCUCAUCAAGUUCAAAUUUAAAGGAGUUAAAACAAAUUUUAGAAUGUAGAUUUCCUGUCCCAGAAUCUACUGUACACCAACUGAACUCAAGUUCCAAUGCAAUGAAUCUUCUGCGUCAUAUUGCUUCGACUAGUCCAUCAAGUUUACAUGUUAAGACGAAGAACGCGAAAGUAGCUGGACAGUCUGCAGUAGCGCAUACAGGAGCACGGUACAGAUCACGCCUACUCGUUGACUCUCUUGAAUUAUCUUCCAAAAUUGAAAAAGGCGAUGAUAGUGCUGAGUCUGAUGUGACUUUAUGUCUGCGUGGUCGCCUUCUUGGAGCACCAUUGUUUUUGUUUGAAGAAUUGGACCAGUGUGGUACUGUUCCUGUCGGCCCCAGUGUACACUUAACUGGUUGGGGUGAUUUUCCUCUGGCAGAGGCCAGAUGGGUUCAUCCUAACGGGUUAAAAGGAAACUGGAAAAUUGCGGACUUGGAAAAUUCUGAAGACUUUAAAACGAGAGAUAAAUCUGUGAAUUCAACAAUGAAUAUGAUUAGUUCUGAAGAAGAUUCCGAGGAAGAUUCCGUGUCGGAUGAAAUGUCUGUGGAUGACUCACAACAGUGUGUUGAUGAAGACGAAUCGGACGUAAUGGAAAGUGAACCUGAUCAAUUGCAAUUGGAGAUGUCUGAUAACUCUGAUAUGGAAUGUGCAUCGAUAGCUAGUCAUACCGCCCACACAAUGGCAGCAAGCGCUACUUCUGCAUUUUCUUCGGCUCAGUUAGCCAAAUUUCGGGCUGCUAGAAUGGAAGAAAUGUUUCCAGAUGAGGUUGAAACCCCUCCUCAUAUACCAGCUAGCGAGCGCUUUGCGAAGUAUCGUGGUCUUUUGCGUUUUCAAGGCAGUGUGUGGCCAACUGAGGAGGACAUUUUGCCGAAGCAUUAUCAAAAUAUUGCCUGCUUUAGAAAUUAUCAUCGUAAUAGGCGUACUAUGAUUCGCUAUAUUGAACAGAAAUUGGCAGAUCUUCAAUCAGCACACAAAGCUGGACAGAAUCUUCACAAAUAUAUACCAUCUGGUGUAGAUGUAGAGCUUAUAUUACAACUUGCCUCACAUGAUCUUGGCGAGAAGAUAUUAGCUCAUCACACUCUACGUCAAAGCAGUGAUACCGUCAAACCAUCUGACCUCAGACCUCAUCCACUUGUUGUUUGGUCGCUGUUGCCUCAUGAAACAAGAAUGUCUGUUUGUCAUUUUACAAUGAGUCGUCUCUCUUCUGCCCUUCGUGCAGUAUCAGAUUUGAUGGUAAUAGCAAAUGUAGCAAAUAAAAUUAGUGAAUCAUCACUUAAAGAAAGUGAUGACUCUUAUCCAAUAGAAUUCGGUGAAGAAGCUUCUACGAAAAUUGAACGUGAAGAUAAAGAAAUACACGACGCUCUCAUUGAUCAUCGUAGUAAAAUUUCUAGGAAGGAAACAGAUAAGACAGUUUAUGAUCCGAAAACUCCUAUACCUCCAGAAGCUGAACCGAUUAAAUCGAAGGAUCUAAUGCUUAUUCAGGCUGGCAUUCGACGUUUUGUAGCCGCUCCAAUUUAUUCCACAACAAGCAAUCCACGCGAAAAGAGUAAAUAUGAGUCUUUCUUUCCUGCUACACAAAAUUCUACUACAGCAAGUGUUUACGCGCCAGUAAUGUAUUCUCCUGUCAAUGUGUUACAGUUUAGAAUCAGAGUGACUGAGGAUGAAGAUGGAGAACUGUCACCUCCGUAUGUUGGAGAGUUAGUAGCAACUGGAUCAUUGAAAUCCGCCGAUCCAAAUCACUUAGUCAUUAAACGGAUUCUUCUGUCAGGUCAUCCGUAUAAAAUUAAACAACGUCAUGUUGUUGUCAGAUACAUGUUUCACAACCCUAUGGAUGUUCUUCAUUUCCAGCCUGUACAACUGCAAACAAAGCACGGGGCCGUGGGACAUAUUAAAGAACCUGUUGGGACUCAUGGUUACAUGAAAUGUAUCUUCGAUCGUCCAAUCAUGGCUCAUGAUGUUGUUUUAAUGCCGUUAUAUAAACGAGUUUAUCCGAAAAUAGCGGUUAUAGAUGAAAGAUUGAUAAAGAAACCAGCAACUAAUAUUCCGAAUAGAGAAGCUCAUCAACUAUGA